GAAUUCGGCUGGGAUGAAUACAAGGGAAAAGGUCGGAGCAAGUCCAAUAUAACAGCCAGCGCAUUUUAUAACUUGAUUUUGGCGUUUUCUUGUGUUUUUAUAUCUAGAAAUACGAGCUCGCCGGGAUCACACAGGAACAGAGAGCGAAAUUGGCUGAGCUGUUGUAGGCCAUUAGCAGCUCCGGUAAAGGAGCUCUCACACAGACCUUGUCAGCCGAGCCCGGUCGACAGAGCCUUGUCAGAUUGGGUGGACAUAUUUGGUUACAUUAAGCGCUACUCUAUAACAACAGCGACGCGUGUUUAGCUAAUAUACGCAUUCGCGAGGAUAUGAGUAUACAAAAAGAUGCGCUGGUUCGUUCGGGACAUUGCUAUGACGGAAUAUUACCUUCUGAGCCUUUUCUCGACACUAGAUUAUUUUUUUCUAACCGCUCACUAGUAUCUAUUGGUAGAUGGACUUGCUCUUUUACUUUGCUCCUCCAAUAGUCGAAAAUCUCGCACUUAGAGCGUUUUACAAGUUAAGGCCUGAUGUCAAACCCGCGCCCAACCAUCCAUAUCGUGCUAGAUGCGCUAUCGUUGGUCUUUACAUAGCGUACACGUUCUUGAAAAUGGCGUGGGGAUACCAACCAAAUGUAUUCAAGCUCCUGAAUGUUCCUAUCGAUGCCGAUGAAACACGCCUGAAUAAGGCUUGGAAGGCAUACGCUCGAAGAAACCAUCCAGAUAGAGUUGGUUUAAACAAGGACACCACUCUAUUCGUACAUGCACGCGAAUCUUAUCAACUUAUACAAGAUCCAAUCAGAAGAGUUGCUUAUGAAAAAUUCGGACCAUCGAUUUCUCAAUGGAGACAUUGUAUUACUCUUCAAGACUAUAUCAAGAGAGGUUUACCAGGAGUCUUUAUGUACUAUCUCGCAACAUUCCUUUCAAUGACUGCAUUGUCAUAUUUCAACACAUCAUACAAAUCAACAGCGUACAUGCGUUUCACGCUGUUCUUCGCAAUGUUGACAAUGGAACUUCACUUACUCACACGUCCCAUUCCAGGAUUUUUUAAGAUGGCAAUGAUAGCAAAACCUAUGCCAUACGAAAUCAUCAGCUUUAUGCAUACGCUUUGGUUGAUGUUUAACAUCGCGAUUGCUCAGCUCGGACCUCAGACAAAAGAGGUAAAGGGCAUCAAUAACGAAGCAAUCAGGAAACUCAAACCAUAUUUGGAUGACUCACAGAAAGUGACUAUGAAGAGCUUAGAAGAAGUUACUGAUGCGCUCGAGAGUAACAUCAAAGCACUCAAGAAAUCGGGACAACCAAAGGAGAAAGUGAGAAGGGUGAUAAAGGAGGCUUUUAUAGAUGAUACCAUCUAAUAUUUUUAUUGUUGUACAUAAUGUAUUAUAGUAGUUGAC